CUUCGAGUUCUUUGACGGCCCCAGCCAGGGAAUUUCAAUUUGAAACCUAGCAGAGGGAGGAGGCGGGAGCGGCAGCCGGGCGGCUGGGGCGGAAUCGAGACGGGUUCCCGCGGCGAGCGAGCUCCGGAGGUGCGGUGUCCGGUGUAAGCUGUCACCAUGACUACUGAAGUAGGCUCUGUGUCGGAAGUGAAGAAGGAAUCUGACCAGUUAGGGGCAGAUGCCACCAAGGAGAAACCUAAAGAAGUCGCAGAAAAUCAGCAGAAUCAGUCAUCUGAUCCAGAGGAGGAAAAAGGUUCCCAGCCAUCUCCUCCAGCUGAUCACAAAAGUAGUCCACGCCGCCGGAAGAGAGAAAAGGAUCCAUCUGAGAGCAGGGGGAUUUCUCGAUUCAUACCCCCGUGGCUUAAGAAGCAAAAGUCCUACACCUUAGUAGCGGCCAAAGAUGGAGGGGAUAAGAAAGAGCCUGCCCAAGCUGUUGUGGAAGAGCAGGUUUUAGAUAAAGAGGAAUCUCUUCCUGAAGAAGAAAGGCAGGCCAAGGGUGAUGCUGAAGAAACAGAUCAGAGAAAACAACAGGUAACUAAGGUUGAUGCCAAGGAAGAGGAACCUUCAGUAACCAGUCCUGAGACACAGCCUGCUGAAGAAGUAAGGAAGGAGAGAGAGGAGGAGAAGGUAAAGGAAACACAGGAAGACAAAUCAGAAGAAGCAGCCAAAAGAGAGACAAAGGAAGUACAGACCAAUGAGCUAAAAGCAGAGAAGGCCUCUCAAAAAGCCAUCAAGAAGACCAAAACUGUCCAGUGUAAAGUGACCCUCCUAGAUGGCACUGAGUACAGCUGUGACCUGGAGAAACGUGCUAAAGGACAAGUAUUAUUUGACAAAGUAUGUGAACAUCUGAACCUCUUGGAGAAGGACUACUUUGGACUUUUAUUUCAGGAAAGCCCUGAGCAGAAGAACUGGCUAGAUCCUGCAAAAGAAAUAAAGAGACAACUGCGAAAUCUUCCCUGGCUGUUCACCUUUAAUGUGAAGUUUUAUCCUCCUGAUCCGUCUCAAUUAACUGAGGAUAUCACCAGAUACUUCCUCUGCCUUCAGCUCCGCCAGGACAUCGCCUCUGGCCGCCUGCCCUGCUCCUUCGUGACUCACGCCCUCCUGGGGUCUUACACACUGCAGGCUGAGCUGGGGGACUACGACGUGGACGAGCAUGCCAGUCAUGACCUCAGUGACUUCCAGUUUGCCCCCUCACAGACGAAGGAGCUGGAGGAAAAGGUGGUAGAGCUGCACAAAACCCACAGGGGCUUAUCUCCAGCACAAGCUGAUUCUCAGUUCUUAGAAAAUGCGAAGAGGCUUUCCAUGUAUGGCGUCGACCUACAUCAUGCCAAGGACUCAGAAGGCGUGGACAUCAAGCUGGGCGUGUGUGCUAAUGGGCUCCUCAUUUACAAAGACAGGCUGAGAAUCAAUCGUUUUGCGUGGCCGAAAAUCUUAAAAAUUUCCUAUAAGCGCAGUAACUUCUACAUAAAAGUCAGGCCAGCAGAGCUGGAACAGUUUGAGAGCACCAUUGGAUUCAAACUGCCGAACCAUCGGGCUGCGAAAAGGCUAUGGAAAGUGUGUGUGGAACAUCAUACUUUCUACAGGCUUGUGUCUCCAGAGCAGCCACCAAAGGCCAAGUUCCUGACCUUGGGGUCCAAAUUCCGCUAUAGCGGCCGCACCCAAGCCCAGACCCGCCAGGCAAGCACCCUCAUUGAUAGGCCAGCGCCACACUUUGAGCGCACCUCUAGUAAACGGGUCUCCAGGAGUCUAGAUGGAGCUCCCAUUGGUGUUGUGGACCAAAGUCUUAGGAAGGAUUUUCCUGGCCCUGCUGGGGAGGUUUCAGCAUACAGCCGCGGAGUGGUGAGCACUGCCCUGGUACAAGACGGUGAUGGCAGAAGGGACAUCAGAAGCCCAACUAAAGCCCCACAUGUGCAGCUUCUUGAAGGAAAGAAAAAUUCCUUGAGAGUAGAAGGGGAUAAUAUUUAUGUCAGACAUAGCAAUUUAAUGUUGGAGGACCUGGAUAAGGCCCAGGAAGACAUACUGAAACAUCAGGCUAGCAUUAGUGAACUCAAGCGCAAUUUUAUGGAAUCUACACCUGAGCCGCGCCCUAAUGAAUGGGAAAAACGACGUAUCACACCUCUGUCCCUACAGACACAAGGGAGAAAAGGAGACCAUCUUUUCAAGGAUAUUUUAUCCAUGAAGGAGAAGCAUCAGAUGGCGGCAACAUGGACUGUUGAAGAAAAAGCCCAGGAGGCAGACAAGAGCCUAGAAGAGGAGAUAACAUCAAUUUUGUUUAGUGAAAAGGGCUUUUCUGAUAGCAUGCAAGCCACCUCCACCUCAGCCACCACUUGGACAGCAGAGGGCACUGUUGUGAACUAUAACGCACCUUCUGAAAAGCUUUCUUCCUCGCCCUUCUCACAGUUUCCUGAGAAACGCGCUCCCGAGUCAGAAGGGCCUUGCACUGGAGCCAGUGAUGCUGCUAAGAGUUCACAUGAGACUCUGAAUGUAGUGGAGGAGAAGAAUCAGGCAGAGGUUGGGAAAGACGAAAGAGUAAUCACUGAAGACAUGAACGGUAAAGAGCUAUCACCUGGGAGUGGUCCUGGGGAGAUCCGUAAGGUGGAGCCUCUGGCCCAGAAAGACUCCACCUCCCUGUCUUCUGAGAGCAGCAGCAGCAGUGAGAGUGAGGAGGAAGAUGUGGGAGAGUACCGGCCCCACCACCGGGUGGCGGAGGGCACCAUCAAGGAAGAACAGGAGGAGUGUGAAGCAGAGCUGGAGGAAGAAGCCAGCCGAGCAGCCAAGGUAGUAGAGAGGCAGGAAGCAGUGCCAGAAGCCAGCGCAGGCAAGCAAGCAGGGGCCAGUGUAAGCGCAGUAGACACAGUGACCCAGGAAACUGUAGUUGCCCCAAAGAUACCGACAGAGAAGAGUGUACACGAAGGCGCUAUUAAGCAAGACAUGAGUGAAGAAGCAGAGGACGAGCAACAUAAAGUUAACGGAGAGGUGUCUCAUGUUGACAUUGAUGUUUUGCCACAGAUUAUUUGUUGUUCAGAGCCACCAGUGAUAAAAACAGAGAUGGUAACAAUUUCUGAUGCCUCACAAAGGACAGAAAUCUCCACAAAGGAAGUUCCUAUUGUCCAAACUGAGACCAAAACCAUCACAUAUGAGUCUCCACAGAUUGAUGGCGGGGCCGGUGGUGACUCAGGCACGUUACUGACCGCACAAACCAUCACUGCUGAGUCCGUGUCGACAACAACCACCACACACAUCACCAAGACUAUGAAAGGUGGAAUAUCUGAAACAAGAAUCGAGAAACGCAUUGUGAUCACAGGAGAUGCAGAUAUUGAUCAUGACCAGGCGCUGGCCCAGGCCAUCAGGGAAGCCAGAGAGCAGCAUCCCGACAUGUCGGUCACGAGAGUGGUGGUGCACAAAGAAACGGAGCUGGAGGAAGGGGAGGAGUAAGUUCAGAAUUUCAUUUUUUAAACAACAUUCAACUUUGUGAACCUGAAGAAUUUUGACCAUUCCAAGUCUUAAUGCCACACCACUACUCCAGCGAAUUUAUACUACGACUGGUAACAAUGACCAGAAGCCUGAAGAAUUAAAAUGCCAACACCAAACGUUCCCUUAACAGCUCUGGUCUGUAUUGUUCCCUCGCAUUUUAAUAUACUAUUUUAUAACCACUUCUAAAUAUUCUUGAUUAUUUCUUUCUUUUUUUUUUUUUUUUUUAAGUUAGGGAGUUUUGGUUUUGUUUCCUGGUUACUUUGUGUACAACUACCUGCUUUUUACAACUCAUUUUGAUCAAACGAUAGUGAACAAAGCCAGCCCUGGCUGGUAAGGUGCUGUUGUGCGGAAAGGAAACUCUGUGACUAAUUUAGAUAGUGGCUUUCCUUCUUCCAGAUUCUUCCCAGUGAAUUCCCAUGGAAGUACAGUAAAUAUUGACAGACUUUUCACACUGCAGUCAACAUCCUGUGUGAGAAAAUAUUAAUACAAAUUAAAAAGCCUUUCUUACAUCUUGACAAUGUUCUAAUGUUUGAGAAAUUCAUUGGGGAUAUUUUUUUCUAUGGAAGCCUUUUGACUUUCCAGUCCUGUGACUUUGUACUUUUAGUAGAAAGUCAGAGACUCUGCCGACUGGAGAAUUAUGACGAAGUCCGCUGACCGUGCACUGUGUUUGGAGACCACAGUGCCAACGCUUCUCAGACACAUGCGCUCCGGCAGCAUUCCGGAAACAGGAGGGGAGACAGAGAAAACGAGUUCUUCCCUUCUACUAAAAAAUAUUCAGGCAGCUUAAAACCUUAGUGCUUUCUUUCUUAACAUGUCCAGAUUUCAGUACUUUUCCAUUAUUUGAAGACUUGUGUAGAACACUUGCUUUGUAUUAAACCUCCUCGUCUACCUGUAAAACUGACCUUUUGUUACUGAGCAGGUCUAACUCUUUCAGUUUGAUGAUUCACCCGGGUUUGAGGAGGCUGGGGAGAGGAGUAGGGGCUGUGGUGGGUUUUUUGGUGGAUACAAGAAAGCUAUGCCAUUUGAAGCUGACGCCAGAGACCUGAUAGGGACCUAUUAACUGCAUUGAACAUCUUUUCCUUUGCUUUUGACCCUAUGUAUAGUUACGAAGCCAGAUUAGAUUUAUAGCAGCUUCAAGUUGUAUUAAAUGAUAU